AUGUCGACGAAACCGCAAUUGCCUGCGGAGAUACAGGCCCAGAUCCUCCGAGAGGCCUCCGAGAUUAUCUCAUUCCCGGAUUUGUGGAGAGCCAGAGCGGUAAAUAGCUUCUUUGCGAGUGAGGUUGAGACCAUAGUGGCAAAGGCCAUCCGGGGCAGGUGCAACAACGGUUGUUUCAGCUCUGGACUUUCCAAUCCUCUUUCGGGACACGACCGUCAAAUUCAAGUGAGACGCCUAUCUCUAUACCUCAAAACGAAAGAGUACCCGCGAGAACCAACUGUAUGGUCACGUCUCGUUGAUGACAUACUCCCAAUUCCAAACAAUAGAACAACUGAAGAGACUGAUGCCUUUCUCAACAAACUUAUUGAUGCAUGGCUAUGUGACACUGCCGAAAGCCGCUGGGACAUCAUGGGCAAAGCUCAGCCAAAGUAUAACAUUUCUCGGUCUCGGUACUGGACAGAGAUAUACAGUGGCGAGACCGAGAUAUAUAAUCACUCUUCCGGCGGUGGCGUGUGA